GCAGACAGCAGCAGCCCUGGUGAGUUGAGCGCUGCAACCGCCCGUUUCCCUUCGAGCUCUGAGGCGGAUAUUACAGCGAACAGAGAGGGAGUGAUCGCCCGUGCGGUCGAUCAGACCCCCGAUUCCCGGCCAAGCUAUGGACGAGCAGGCGGGCCCCGGUGUGUUUUUCAACAACAAUAACAACUCCGUUCUUCCCGGCGGAGCGAAAGCGUCACAACCGGGCGACGGUGGAGAGGCGGCCCGCGCUCAAUACAGUAUUCCGGGGAUUUUACACUUUCUGCAGCACGAGUGGGCCCGUUUCGAGGUGGAGCGGACGCAAUGGGAGGUGGAACGGUCCGAACUGCAGGCUCAGAUUGCAUUCUUGCAGGGCGAGAGGAAAGGUCAGGAGAACCUGAAGAAAGAUCUGGUGAGACGCAUCAAGAUGCUGGAAUAUGCGCUGAAACAAGAGAGGGCCAAAUACCACAAGCUCAAGUACGGAACAGAGCUCAACCAGGGCGACAUGAAACCACCCAGCUAUGACUCCGAUGACGGCAACGAGAACGAGACACUUCCUGAGCCGCCCAACAGUCAACUGAGCUGGAAACAAGGACGACAACUGCUGAGACAGUACCUGCAGGAGGUGGGCUACACUGACACCAUCCUCGAUGUGAAGUCACAGCGGGUCAAAUCUUUGCUCGGACUGACAGGAGACAGCGGAGAGAGACCCGGAGACAAGAGACCAGAACCCAUGGUGAACGGAACCGAACCGUCCUCUCUGAAGGACAGCACCACCAUGAUCGGUAAACCAGAGAUGUCAGACUCCGCUACGGUGUUGGAAGCCUUCAAGUUCAUCGAGAGAGCUGCGGCUGAAUUCAGCGAUGAAGACGAGGAUGAAGAGAGCGAGGGACAAAACAAGACCAUCAUUGACCUCGCAACCAUGGUGAGGAGGAAGGUGUCUCCCUCGCCCUCCUCUUCCUCAGCAGAUAUGAGUGAUGAUCUGGACACAGAGGAAGUCCUGAAGGGCUUUGAUUUUCUGGCUAACAGUGAUGAUAUGGAGGGCCCGUCUGAAACGACCUCUGCUGCAGACAGACCCGACUGGGAGAAGGAAGAGCAGAGUCCGUUAUCUGAGGCCUGGGACGUGGAUGAAGGUCUCAUCUCGAAACUCAAGGAGCAGUACAGGAAGGAACGCAAGGGCAAGAAAGGGGUGAAGAGGCCAAACAGGUGUAAACUGCAGGAUAUGUUGGCUAAUCUUCGUGAAGCUGAGGAUUUGUCAUCUAUUCAGCCGCCGGUGGCACCUCCUGUCCGCCCAAGUAUGCCCCGCCUCAACGAACAUCCAAUCGGACGCACAGACGAGGUUGAAGCGCUGACGUUUCCCCCAUCCUCUGGAAAGUCGUUUAUUAUGGGAACAGAUGAGACACUGGAGAGCGAACUUGGUCUCGGAGAGCUCGCCGGUCUCACUGUCGCCAACGAAGCAGAGAUUCUGUCAUAUGACAUAACCAACAACAAAGAUGCCCUACGAAAGACCUGGAACCCUAAAUUCACUCUCAGGAACCAUUUUGAUUCCAUUCGAGGUCUGGCGUUUCACCCCGUGGAGCCCGUCCUGAUCACUGCGUCUGAAGACCACACGCUGAAAAUGUGGAAUCUACAGAAAACUGCUCCAACCAAGAAGUGUGCAGCUCUGGACGUGGAACCCAUUUACACAUUCAGGGCUCACAGGGGUCCGGUCCUGUGUGUGGUGAUGAGUUCUAAUGGAGAUCAGUGUUUCAGUGGUGGUUUGGACGGAACAAUUCAGAGCUGGAACACUCCAAACCCAAAUAUCGACCCCUACGACUCGUAUGACCCUUCUGUGCUGCGGGGGGCGCUGUCCGGUCACACAGACGCUGUGUGGGGAUUGGUCUAUAGCUCGGCUCAUCACAGGCUCCUCUCCUGCUCAGCUGAUGGAACGGUGAGACUGUGGAAUGCUGCCGAAACGGCGCCUGCCACGGCUGUCUUCAACGAGAAUAAAGAAAUGGGCAUCCCGUCAUCUGUGGAUCUAGUGUGGAGUGAUCCCGCUCACAUGGUGACUGCGUUCAGUAACGGCAGGAUGGGAAUCUUCAACAUGGAGACACGGCAGCUGGUUCUGGAGCUGGAGUCCCAGGCAGCAGGCAAACCUGACGUGCCGUGUCAGAUCAAUAAAGUUCUCAGUCACCCGACACUGCCAAUAACCGUAACGGCACAGGAGGACCGCCACAUACGAUUCUUCGACAAUAACACAGGCAAGUUGAUACACACUAUGGUCGCUCAUCUUGACGCUGUGACCAGUCUUGCGGUGGAUCCAAACGGACUCUAUCUGAUGUCUGGUAGUCACGAUUGCUCCGUGCGAUUGUGGAACAUGGAGAGCAAAACGUGCAUCCAGGAGUUCACGGCUCACAGGAAGAAGUUCGACGAGUCCAUCAAUGACGUGGCGUUUCACCCCACCAAGUGCUACAUCGGCAGUGCGGGAGCCGACGCCCUCGCCAAAGUUUUCGUAUGACCUCAGACCUCUGACCAAAACUGCUUCCGUGGACUCGUAGUGGGGUGUGGCCUGAACAUUGAACCCUGAACAGGAAGACGUUGGUCGCUGGUUUGAGGUUCUUAGGACAUAAACAAUGGCAUCUUGAUGGUACAGGAAGUAGAAUUAUCUCAUCGAAGCCCUCCUUCCCCCUCAUAAACCCCCGAUUGUGUCUGACGCCUCAUCCGGGCAGGCCUGGGUACAUGCGGGCGAGAAAACUGAUGCCCCACCAGAGGGGUAUUUCUGCCCCAUUGAGGACAGCCAAGGGGGUUUGAACGGAUGUUUCUGCCCCUUCUUGGGGUGAUAAAGGGGGUCGUUUGGGUUCCUCUAUCGAACUCUGCCAAACAUGGGCCACUCCUUUUGGCCUCACCGGAAGUCGGGUGCUUUCCAGUCCUCAUUGAGUUGUUGUUUGAUUUUACUCCUGACGUGUGAGUGUGUAUUUGAGGUGCGGUCACUCCGUGAUUCUUGCCUCUCCGAUUUUCUGUCUUAAGUUUUCUCGUUUUAAACGAUGAUGUGCCUUUUGCUUCAAACAGUCUUGCGAACAGCUUCAACGCUUUAUUCAAAGAGGGAACUAUAACUUCGAGUAUCUUUGAUGUUUUAAACUUACCAAAUGCAUCAAAUUAUUGUGAAUUUUUCCGACAAAUGUGUUUCGGAUCCUUUAGAGAUUUUAACAUGGAAUGUGAACAUUCAGAUUGUCAUACGGGGUUCAUUUGAUGUGACUUUGGACUUCAGUGUCCUGUGUUUUAAUGUUGGGCUGUUCAUUGGGGUCAGGUGUCUCAAAUACACUGGAAAACUAAACAUUAUCUUAAUCAGUAUUUGUCUUGUUUUUUACAGUAAAAUAUCUAAACACUCUUAAAACUCAAUUCUGUUCGAUAUAAAGGUGUUGUUUUACAUGUAACUUUUUGUGAAAAACGGGACACAAAUGCUUUUUCUCUGGCAAACGUUCUUCAGAAUUAACCAGAUUCAAUUUGUACAAACUAUAAGAUGCAAAUGAUUGAACAUCGCGGUCACUGAAAUGCUUAAUUUCAAAUAAAAAUGCAUUUUUAGUUCACGUGUUUGCACACUCCUGGAUAUUUAAAUUAAUGGUGAAUCUCUUAAACAUGUCCAGGUCAUAUUUCACCCCAAAAUGUCAAAUUAAAGGUAGUACAGCAGAUACUGCCAUGAUGGAUAAAUACUGAAGACUCAUUAAAUAUAUAAAUAUAUAAAGCGCAGUACAGUUCUUAUAAUUUGGGUGUCAAAUGUGAUUGUCAUGAAGAUAAUGUCACAAUGCAACAAACUUUGAAGGUACAAAAAUAGACUUGAUUUCCUUUAAUAUCAUUUAUUUGUAAAAUUGCAUAAGUUUUAUUUUGAUUUGAUUUGACCUGUUUUUUAACGGGGUUCAUGAGAUUCAACCAACUAACACCCCAAAACCAUUAAACGCCACGAGGCCCGUUUCAGAUUAGUGAUAUUAGGCUUGUGUUUGGGUGUGUUGAGAUUUAAUCCACUCUUUUAUCCAAAAUAAUCGUGCGUUUACACGGUCAUCACGCCUCACCGGUGAAACCAUCUCCGUUGUGUAACGCCACAUUUAUCCCAAUAAAACCUUUAAUCGUAGAGUUAGUCUUACAGAAGAGAAGUCUUAACCUAAAUGUGUUUUGAUUGAAGACGAGAUGUACUUGACGUACAAGGAUUCAAAUUCAGUUUUUGUCUGAUAUUUAACGAAAUCUGUGGUAAUGUUUAUUUAUUUUUGUAUUUGCCUGUUAAGCCAAACGGAUGACUAGAAUUCGGUUACACCUUAGGAAAGGAUGACCGGCACGUUCGGGUACAUUAUUUGGUCUGAUGUUCGGGACAGAUAUGAAAACACAAAGAUGUGACAUUAAUAAUCAAACGCUUCCGCUCAUUUAUUAACGCUAACAUCAUUAUUUGCUCAUGCAUCCAGAUCUGACAUGCUCUACCUUCGUAGGUGGUGGUUUAAUUUAAAUAUAUAUUUUAUAUGUAAUUGUUGGAACAGUCUUUUUUAUUGUAUGAUUGGUGACCGAGGUUGCAAAUAUAUCAUAACCCAAGUUUCAUGCAGGUCGAGGUUUUUAUGUUAAAUUCUUCUUUUUAUUUGAAUUUGUGAUACUUCAACUAUCUAGUGGUGCGAGUCAGGUGUGCGUGUUUUUAACUGCUAGACUAGAGAUGUUCUGCCCUUAUCGGGAAUGGUUUUGCCUUUAGCUGAUGACAUGAGCACUACAAAACAACUGUUUGUGCGAUUCCUUCAGGUCUGUAAAUCUCGGCGGAUGGUAAUUGCGGAAGUUUGCUACUUUACCGAAUGUUGUUAAAGGAAUAGUUCAACUAAAAAUGAAUCAUGUCACAUUGUUCCGAACCUGUAAGGUGAACAUCUUUUUGGCUGAACUGUGCCUUUAAAUUUGAGGCAAGUUUGAUUUUAAACUCCGUUCGGGACAUUAAUAGGGCAACAUGAUCACUCGUGAAGUCGGCAGGAUGUUUCCGAUAGUUUCAGUACCCUAGGAUCGGCAAUGCCGACGCACGGACAUGCAGCAAUCUUCUCAGACAAUGCUGCGUGAGUGCUUUCAGUGCGUUUACCCUUCCACCUGGUGCGAUUGGCAGCGUGUUGCAUCAGAUGCGUGCAAGAUUAGGGGCAAAGCCAGAGAUAGGAACCAUGUUUGAGUAAUCAAUGACGAGCAUGAUUCGGAGGUUUCACUUUUCCCUCUAUCAUUAAUGUUUGACUCCACUAAUGGUUAAGGUAAGGUUUGGGUUGAGGGAUAGAAUCUAUGUGCUUUAAACUUCAUUGGAUAACGUCCUGUAAAGCUUCACUACUAGCUUUUGGCGACCUCUCCUGGACAUAAAUGGAGCUCACACGAGCCCAUAUGGCCUACAACACUUACUGCUUUGGCCACCGGGGACAGUGUUUUGGCAUUUCGGUCAACGUAUACCGAUUUUGAGGAGAGAAAAGUCGGUCUACUCUUUCCGAUUUCACUGUGAGAUCAGGCUGAAUAGGGGACCGUGUGUGUGGGCGCGUAUCUGUGUUUUCGUACUGGCUAAAUAUAUUUUCUGAUUUCAUUCAUUUUGGUGCAUAUUCAUUUUAGAUAUAUAAAAUAAUCUCAAUAUGUAUAGUUUUAAAGUAUUGCUCAAUCUAUUUAUGAACAGAUUACAGUGUAUAUUAACCUGUGAAGAUUAACCAAUAUUUGUGGUAGUUGUGCGGGAGUGUUGUUAGCGCCACCUGCUGGUCAGAGAUGGGAACUGUAUAACUGAUGCGGCUACUGAAGUGCUGUUGAACACUGCACUAUUAAUAUGAUUGACAUAUAGAGAUUUGAUCCUUUGGUUACUGAUAGAUCAACGCGCUUCAAUAAACCCACAAACAUCGGAUAUAGAUGACUCUUAAACGUCUGUUUUGUCACUUGUUGGAAAAAUGUCAACAUUGGUCUGCUGUCAAAGUGGGAAAACUACUGCUCAUACGGGAAUGCCAUUCGUGGAUCUCGACCUAGACGCAUCUUGCAUGCGGUCACUCUAAAUGUGAUUGGACCGGUUGGAUUAUGAUGUCAUAAUGGGAAUUGUGCGAUCUGGAUACAGUCCAGAAUCUGUACAGAACUGUCGCUGAACUUAUAACCUUGUGAUUGUAAAGAGCGUUUGGAAAGACUGUGUUAAUAAAAUGCUAUACUCCUCUUGUACAUAUUUUAUCAUUGAUAUUACAGUUUAUUCUUUAUUUCUUGUUGUAUUCAUUUUUUCCUCAGAUGGACAAUUAUCAAUAUAAUACAAUA